UAUGCAGCCUUAAAACCCUAAGCCCACUUCAUCAAUCUGAAAUCUCAGAGAACAAAUCUAAAACCAAUAUCUUAAAAUUUCACUCUCUCAUUCUCUCUGCAUUAUGUUCAGAUUCGCUAAAUCAGUAUCUCUUCAGAGCCUUUCUCACCAAUUCACUCAAAAAUGCUCUGCAAGUGGAACCCCAAAAGGGAAAGCCAAAUUGAAAACUGGGGUGCGAUUGAAACGCAAUAUAGUCACAACCAAGAAAGGCUCCGCAUCCAAAUCCGAAAAACCCUAUAUGCCCGAUGCGAAGCAAAAAUUAUACGAACAAUGCCUUAACGCCCCCACGCCCGUACGGUAUCUCUCCCCAAAAGACCGUAAGCGCGAGAUCGAGCGCGAGAAAUUGGGGCUUGUGAGCAAAGAUCGGCAGCGAGAAAUUGAGAUUUUGAAGAAAGGGGGAAAAGAGUCUAUGGGUAUUAGUAAAGAGCCCAUGAUAAUGGGGACGCCGGGAUUGGACUUGAUUUCGCUUGGGAUAGUUGAUGCUGAGAAGAUUCCGAAGUAUGAGUUGACGGCUGAGGAUGGGCAGCGGUUGGCGAAGGAGUAUAGUCGGAUUUUGAUGAGGAAGCAUAGGGCGAGGCAGGCCGCAGAGACGAACCUUUUGAGGUUGAAAAAGGAGGCCAUCGAGGCAUUGCCGGAGGGGUUGAAGGAGGCGGCGCUGGUACCGGAUUUGACGCCAUUUCCGGCGAAUAAGUUUAUGGCCACCCUCACGCCGCCUAUUGAAGGGUACAUGGAGCAGGUUACAGAAGCUACGAGGAGAGGGUCUGGGAAGGAGAAGCUCAGAUGAUUCGCGGUAAGAUGUGGAUCCGCUCCCCAACCAUCAAGGAAGGAAAUAGUGAAAGAGAAAGGUGGAUCCGAUUAUCUUCAAGUUAUCUUGAGAUUUUGCGACUAAUAUCGAACAGAGGAGCGAUCUCUUUACUUGAAUUGACACGAUUCAUUGUAUUGGUGGGUUUCUUUUCCAACUGAAGUGACAUAACCUUGUGGAAAUACCAUGAAGUGUAAGUUACUAUAUACUAGGUGAUUUGAAGAUGGAAAAUAUAUAUUAGGAAUACUGUUGUUGGUUAAAGACUUGGGAUUUUUUGCAAUUGUAAGGUUCGGAUAGAUUCAAUGAAGUAACGUGUCAAAAGUGUCGAUCUACUAGGGAAAAUGUCUCCAACAAUUUGUUUAGAAAGAGUCGUUUCUUUAUAUACGUGCCAACUUUUUUUCUUUUAAAAUGGUAGUCUUAAGUGAUCUGAAAGCAACUUCAACUGUUCCCAAAUAGGGAUAGUUAUGCUUUUUCCUGGCUUCACCACUGAAGGGUUUUGGAAAGAGAUGGAAUAUGUCUCAUUUCCUCUAUGAUCGGGGAGAGUCUUCCACUAUUCUGAACAUAUAAUUAGUCUUGAAGCUAAUCGGGCCUUUGUUAUAGACAGUGUGUGCCGGACUCACGUUCUUAUUUUUACUCGAGUCUUAUUGGUUGCUCAUUGAAGUUCAAAAGUACCUCAUAGUUAGUCUUAUCUUGGAGAAACUAGAUAGCAGGUUGUUUAUAAAUGUCCUUCAGAUCUGCAGUCUUCUUUCAUAUGAUUCU